AUAGCUUCACCCUGUUUUAAGACGUCGCGAUAUUUUUUGCAUUCGCCCACCGAAAACGUCGGCAAUUGCGUGGAAACGUCGAUCUGACAGCGCAUUUGACCGAAGAUGAUGCGUAGCAAGGCGCAGAUCAUUGGCGCCGCACGGGGCCUGCGUGCCUCGAGCUUGUCGCCACGAUUUGUGUGCAGACAAUGCAGGGCCAUUCAGAUUAGCGCGGCGCCCAGCACCGAUGCUGUGAAGCCUGGCUCGGAUGCGUUUACGAUUUCGAUGGAUGCUAAUAGAGACGUGGCUGAUGCCCGAUUCGAGGUUCUUGGUUCGCCGUAUUCGAUGCUCUCAGCUACCCUGUCGCCUUCGCAGCGCCUUUACACGAGACGAGGAACUCUGGUUGGCGUUACUGGCAAGCCUGAUGAUGCGCAAUCGACGCUCUCGAUCCUCAACCCUCUUACAAGAACGCCGUUUGGCGUGCCGUUCCUCUACCAGCGCAUAACGUCCUCGUCGCCGAUUACGGCUCUGAUUGCUACAAAGUCGCCCACGACAACCUUUUCCAUUGUCCACCUUGACGGAACGACCGACUGGAUGGUGGCCCAGCGCAACGCUCUGCUAGCUUGGACCGGCCACACGCUCGCCCUCUCCCCGCGCAUCCAGUACGGCCUGUCCAUGGCCAACUGGGGCAACACAUUCAUCACUGGCCGUGGACUCGUCGCUCUUUCGGCCCCUGGGCAAAUCUACCAACUUACCCUCGGCGAGGGUGAGGAGUUCGUCGCCCACCCCAGCAACGUCGUCGCCUACUCGGUCUCCCGCACGCCACCUCGCCCAUUCCGCUUCAAGAGCUCUACACUGCGCCUGUCACUGCCCUCAGUGACCCGCUUCCUGCCUGAGAACAACUUCCUCAACACCAUGCAAAAGACAGACACUUACAAGUUCAUCGGCCGUGUCCUGCACAGCCUGCGCACCAUGGCGCGCCGAACCAUCUGGGGUGACAGACUGUUCCUCCAGUUCACAGGCCCCACGACGCUGCUGCUCUCGAGCCGCGGUGUUAGACUGGCUGACUCACUCACCAACGCAGAUGUAAACGAGAUUGCGGAUUCACCGGCUGGCGCUGUGCAAAAGGCCAUUGAGCUACCCCGCGAAGAGGACAAGGCGGUGGCUGCUGCAACAACGCCAGAGUCGGGUGCCACGAAGCUGCAUGUUGCAUCUGUCAAACGAGACGGCAAAGUUACGUUUGACGAUGCCAAGGACUUGAAGGAGUUUGUGCGAUAGAGACAGGCGCUUGUAGGUGAAAAAAAAACGAGUGGAAGCGCGCUGUGUAUUACUGAGACAUGGGGAUAGGGUAGCGCGACGGGAAAAGCUACCUUUGCCGCCGUAAUCCUUUUUUCAUAUUUUUUUGCCCAUCAUGAUUCAAAACCAUAGCUGUUUACUUUUUUCUUUGCAAAAAUGAUAAUCUCUUAUCCUU